AAAACGAAAACAUUGAUUUCACUUACAGUUUGGGACAAUAGCAGUGUUUAUAUCCAAAGCCAAUUUCUAAUACAAAUCCUCUGUUUGGCAAAUCCAUGAUGAAAGUUAAUCUGAAUAAUAAAAGCCCCCCAAAUUCUGUCUUGAGGAAAUAAAACCAGGUCCGUUACUGAUGGUUCAAGUGUGAUGACUUGACGAGGUGAAGGUCCAAAAUAUGUAUCUGUAUUAUUUGUAUUAUAUGUAUUCAUGAGAUUUGGACGAUCAUUAAGAAAAGCGAUGCACAAAGGGAAAAUUAGUAACCAGUUGGUCCCAGUUAGAUUCUGUUAGAUACAUUAACUGGCUGCUGGGCAAUAAUAAAAUCCCAGAGUUUUGUCUCACAGGCAGCUGCAGUCUCAACCUGCUAUACAGUUGGAAUGGUGUUGAGUAGUAGAAUAUCAAGCGUCGUGGUAAAACCACGGUUCAGAUUUUGGUUACUUUCCGAUUUUCAAUUUAUUGAUCAAGGCAGUGUUUGUACGCAGCACGAAAAUAAAUGCUUCCUGAGAGUCUAAUCAUGGGGGGGAAGUCCAUAAGUGUAGGGAAGACGAACCCCAUGUUUGUAGUCCACUUGCUGUUUUGACAGUGGUGCUAGCGAGUAGCACACGGAAUUCUAUGGUCGUGAUUUGGGGGAUCUAUUAAAUGACAUCGAGCUAUUAAGUUAACUCAAAAUCUGAAACAUUAAAUUUGAAGAAGAUGCAGGAUGACGCGCGCUACCUCAAACGCAAAGUGACUGCGGGCAGUUUAGAUGUCCAUCCCACAGAGAAGGCCCUUGUGGUCCACUAUGAGGUGGAAGCAUCUAUACUGGGAGAGGGUGGAGGCCAUAUGCUGGGUGAACGAAAGGAAGGACAAAAAAUCAUCCGAGUGAAAAGUCUUUCUCCCAGUACAGACGUGGGAGCUUUGGCCAAGAAAGUGAUGGAGGAGUGUAAACUCAUUCCUUCUUCCCGUUUGCCCCAGGUGGAGCAGCUCCUCUACUACUUGCAGAAUAGGAAAUCAUCCCCCGUGGAGGGCAAAAUGGAGAAGAAAGAGAAAAGAACCGUGAAACUUAGAGAGCUGACACCGUUUGAAGGCAUGGAGUUAAACGAGGAGGCCAGUAUAACCAGAGUGGAUGAGUAUAUUGAACUGCUCUAUGAAGGGAUCCCAGAGAAGAUCCGAGGCUCUGCUCUCAUUCUGCAGCUAGCCCGCAACCCUGAUAACCUGGAGGAGCUGCUACACAACGAGGCAGCCCUAGGUGCUCUCGCCAGAGUGUUGAGGGAGGACUGGAAACAGAGUGUAGAGCUUGCUACCAUCAUCAUUUACAUCUUCUUCUGCUUCUCCAGUUUCUCCCAGUUUCACAGAGUGGUAAGUCAUUAUAAAAUAGGUGCAUUGUGUAUGAGCGUGGUGGAACAUGAGCUGAAGAGAUACGAUGUAUGGCGUGAGGAGCUCCGCAAGAAAACCAAGGCUUGUGAGUCAGCGCCAGAGAAUGGCUCUCUAAGAAGAGACCAGGACAAAGCUGUGAGAAAAUACCAUGGCCUUCUGGCUAAGCAGGAACAGCUGCUCAGAGUGUCUCUUUACCUUCUAUUGAACCUUGCUGAGGACACCAGGACAGAGCUGAAGAUGAGGAAUAAAAACAUUGUUGGUCUUCUCGUUAAAGUCCUUGAAAGGAACGAUGAGGAGCUGCUGGUCCUGGUGGUUUCAUUCCUCAAAAAAUUGUCCAUCUUCCUGGAGAACAAGAAUGACAUGGCUGAGGUGGAUACUGUAGAACGAUUGGCUCGUCUGAUUCCCUGUGACCAUGAAGACCUGUUAAACCUGACUUUGCGUCUGCUGCUCAACCUCUCCUUUGACUCUGGACUCAGAGCCAAGAUGGUAGAAGCUGGACUGUUACCGAAACUGACUGCCUUGUUGGGCGAUGAGAACAAUCGUCAGGUAGUCAUGCGUAUCUUGUAUCACAUCAGCAUCGAUGACCGUUUUAAGGGGAUGUUUGUUUACACUGACUGCAUGCUUCAGCUAAUGCAAAUGCUGUAUGAGCAGAGUGAGGAGGAGAUAGAAGCUGAGCUUAUCUCCAUCUGCAUCAACCUGGCUGCUAACAAGAGGAAUGCACAGCUCAUGUGUGAAGGAAAUGGGUUAAAGAUGCUUAUGAAGAGAGCUCUGAAGAUGAAAGACUGCCUUCUGAUGAAGAUGAUCAGAAACAUCUCACAGCACGAUGGACCAACCAAACCAGUGUUCAUAGACUAUGUUGGGGACCUGGCAGCAGAGAUCCGUGCAGAGGAAGAGGAGGAGUGGGUUCUGGAGUGUCUAGGGACGCUUGCCAACCUCACUAUCCCUGACCUGGACUGGGAGUUGGUGCUAAAGGAAUACAACCUGGUACCUUACCUCAAAGACAGACUUAAACCAGGCUCAGCAGAGGAUGACCUUAUUCUGGAGGUGGUGAUAAUGAUAGGAACAGUUUCCAUGGAUGAUGCCUGCGCUGCCAUGUUGGCUAAAUCUGGCAUUAUUCCUGCCCUUAUCGAACUACUAAAUGCCCAACAGGAGGAUGAUGAGUUUGUGUGUCAGAUUGUCUACGUCUUCUAUCAGAUGGUGUUUCACCAAGCUACACGAGAUGUCAUCAUCAAAGACACACAGGCUCCAGCCUACCUCAUUGAUCUGAUGCAUGACAAGAAUGCUGAGAUCAAAAAAGUGUGUGACAACACCCUCGAUAUUAUUGCUGAGUACGAUGAGGAGUGGGGAAGGAAAAUUCAGUCAGAGAAGUUCCGUUUCCAUAACAACCAGUGGUUGGAGAUGGUCGAGAGUCGCCAAGCUGAUGAGUCUGAACCAUAUCUAUACGACAACGACAACGACAGGACUGAUCUGUUCUAUAGCGCAGAUGGAAUAACUCCAGCAGAUGGUUCAGUCAGCCCAGAUUUCUUCAGUGACCUACAGCCUCAAAAUGGAGACUUGCACCAUCCAGGAGAUGACAACGAAGUCUUUGAUCAGACCAGCUCCUCACCUGGACGACCAGCUACAGCUUAUGGCUUCAGACCUGAUGAACAACCCUUCUAUCAGUACUCAUAGAAACACACACACACACACACACAGUAUACCCUGUCAUCUUAGAUCCAUUCCUCCUCCACCUCUAACAUCUUCAGUUAGAACGUUCAGUGCUUUAAUCCCUCAUGACUGAAGGCAUCACAUUAGUAUAGUUACUGGGACAAUAACUGUGGUUACAUGGACAAUAUUUCUUUAAUCCAACUACAAUUAAUCUGAUUAGAGAUUCCAACUCUGAUAAAUCUGAUAAGACGUGUGUUUACAUGUCCCAGAGCAUUAAAUUAGAUUAUAGCUUUUUUGACUUGUGCAAAGUGGUGUCGACAGCUGUGAAGUGUCUAAUCUGUCAGUAAUAUAACAGGAGAACAAAAAGUAUAGAAGUGGAAGAGGUGAUUCUGCCUGUUCAUACAAUUUAGUACCAAGUAACAGAAGUGUAAGACAGGUUAUUUUCUGUAGCUACAAAUUACAGAUGUCCCCUAAACACCUCGUAUGUGGACAGAUCAGUAGACGCCACAAUUUACCCAUGCUCCCUAAACAUCUCAUACGCAGUCUACUGCUACUGGUAGUUGUUAGAGGUCGACCCAUAGUGGGUUUCUGAAAGCCGAUAACUGAAUGUCUAAGGCAAAGUAAUAGGCUAAAACAAUACAUAUGGCCCUGAACAUCAAACUUAAAGUAAUUAAUAGAAAAAUCUGGAACAGAACAUCAAACUAACCAUAACCCCAAAUUCCUUCCCAUCAGGCUAGUUCAGACCAGUCUCUUCUGUUUGAGAUGGUCACAUGAGGCAUUUUUAUUCUGAUUGGGCUAUUAUCCAGAUUAUUAGUGGAAUAUUAGAGUCCAUGUAAGUGCACCUAUUGAUCAUAGAGAUGCAUAUUACUGGUUAGGACUGACACACUACCACUGUAGAUUUUAAACUAGUUAUCAAAUAAACUGCAGUUCCAAGCAGUCACCUUUCAUUACCCAUUUCAUUUAUUCACCAUUAGGUUAAACAGAUAAUAGUUAGUCUUCCUAACCCAGUGGCUACAGCCCUCUGAUAGUGACUUCCCAGUGGGUCAGCAAAUAAUUUAAAGACUGUGAACAGACUUCACAUUUCUAAUAAUAUACUUUAUGUUAAUAUGUUUUUGCAUGUUUUCCUAUAUUAUAAUGAAUAUUUGUUGCCUCUUCAAAUCCACUGAAAAAAGAUUAGUGAAAUGUUUUCUUACAUUCCAUUGUUGAACAGUUUGAAAUCCACCAGUUUGACUCGUCACUAUGUCAGCAUGCUAACCUACAUUAUGAGUAACACUAACACUACACACAGUGAUUUUAUUAACAUGCACAUAGUUUUCUUUUGUCCAUGUCACUGUGAAAUUGGUGCAGCGUUGUCAUUGAUCCGUAAAACUUGGGGUGCUUUCACACUGGAAAACUUGUCUUGUAUGUGGAUGUCUUCAUGAUGUCAUUAUGACAUUUUUACAUUGUUAGUGAGAAAAACAAAGACAGCUAAGACUCACUGAUGUUUGAACAGAGAGAAACAUUCAGGCCCAAUGAGCAAGGAGGGCAGUGAUGAAGGGCUGCUUGUUUUUGCUUUUCUGCAGCCCUCAUAGGUGGUUGUGGUUACAUCACUCAGCCAUUAUUUUCCAUUUUCCGCAUGUCAAAAUACUCACCAGCCUUGUCUCCAGGCAACAGCAGUCAAAAGCUGCACUUUGAUGAGGAAAGCGUCACCACAGAUUGAUAAAACCAUCUGAGCAGCACGUUUAUGACAAAGGGAGGCAGUCAAAUUCAAAAAGCAAACCCAUUGUGAAAGUGUCUUAAGAAAUAAUGGGUCUGCGUUGAAGCUUUAAAUGUUGUGCCACCAUAUUUCUCUGGUCAUUUCUGUGGCCACCACUCAGUGUGUUCUGUAUGUUUCUGAUGUAGAACCAUAACAGUAUUAUCUUUUUUCAGUGAUGAGAAAAGUAGAAACCCUGUCACUGCAGAAGCGAUGGGCCCUCUCUUUCCAACUGUAUAUACUGUAUGUAACUACUCCAGACUGUUUAUAAAGAUGCACGACGCGUCUCCACUUCCUCCCACCAUACAAAAUUAAGCUGUGUAUACAGGUGUAUGACCUGUACUGAAGCCAGCCACCAGGGGGCGAUCCAGAUGUUUCGGUUUCACUUUUAGGGAGCUGCAAAGUCAUCCAUCUUUAUAAACAGUCACUGGUCACUACAUAAUAAAAUUAUGUUACUGACCUGCCACCAUACAGCCCUUGCACUGGGGUGUUACAUUGGAGUGCACCUGAAUGAAGCAUUCGUUAAAACGGGGCUUCCACUCACCAUGUCAGUGUUAACUGCAGGAAGUCACAGGUCCUUUGAGUCAUUGUCAGCACAUGUAGCAGCUAGCAACAGGGCCAGACAAAGUACCAGGGUUUCUGUUAUUCUGGUCACUGAUAGUACACCUGCUUAGUGUUAUUCUUAGUUUGUAUAGGAGGAGAUAAGAGAAUCCACCUUCCUUAAAUGAACUGGCUUUAAUAGUAGGAGAGAAUCCUCCAGCUUUCCAUUCUUGCUGAUUAAAAAGAAAAAUGAUAUCCAUAAUCCUCAUUGGCCCAUGUCUAGUUCUCUCUGGCUGUUUGAAUAGCGAGAUAGUAUGCAAGUUUUGGCAUGUGCAGUGUUUGAUAUGCACAUGUAAUUAUCCUACUUGUUGAAUCAUAUACACUAACAGUAUUCAAUAUUGAGUACUUAUUUGGACAUUUAAGUAGUUGGGACAGAGCUAAGAAUGUCAUCCCAUACAUUUACUCUACAUCCAGCAUAUAAGGCGCAAUGUCAUUGCUCAUCAUGCCUCUGGCUUCUCCCUGUUUUAACAGCAGUGAGAUCAGGAGACUUGGGGCCAUGGGGAUGAAUGUGUCAACUUAAGUCAACAUUAUUGGCAUAAUUUCAUGUUUUAUUGGUACACUAACUGACAAGUACAAUUUAAAAAUGCAACGGGUAAUGUGACUCUCUUGAUUCUCACCAAUUUAAAUACUGAGGCUAGCUUGGUUAAGGGAGCAAAUAAUGUACCCUUGAAUAUGGCACUUACUGCUAGGCAACAGAGCGUGUCUGAAUGUAUAAAUGUUAUCAGAGCAGUAUAGACACCCUUUUCAAAACUAAAGUAUGUUGACUAAACUACAUCUGAAAUGGAGGGUCACACAUACUGUUUAACAGGCUGUUACUUCUAGGCAUAUUUGCACAUAGAGUUAAAAUUUGAUGCAUGUCAUGUUUUCUUUUUCAUUGUAAGUUAUUGUUAAUCUGUGUAUAUUAUUGUGUUUUUUUGAUAAUUGAUUUUAUUGCUACUUAACAAGACACUGUAAACUUAAGCAAGUACUGUAGAUAAACUCCAUCUCUCUCACUGUCUUUCAUCCUCAGGUUCUUUAAUAAAAAAAAUAAAUCCCCCGUU